AUGGACGACGAAUUGGGGCUCAAAUUAGGACAAAUCUCAAUCGUCGAUGCGGAGAAGCUAAUAAUCGACAUAAAAGAAAAAGAGGUGCGAUACAGCGCGGAGGAAUGCAAUCGAAGAAUAUUUGGGAAAGUGAUAGGUGAUAAAAAAUUGAACUGGUUGGGAAUGAAACGGACAAUGGGUCUCCUUUGGCGCAUGGGGAACGCUCUGGAAAUUCGAGAAUUCAGCAACAACUACUUCCAAUUCCUCUUUCCGAAUCAAGAAGCACUGGAGAAAGUGGAUAUGGGGCGCUGUUGGAUAUUCGAGAACCAAUACCUAAUUUUGCAGCCAUGGCCUAGCUUCAAUGACUUGACUGUAUGGGUUCAAGCGCACGGUGUACCUAUCAAUUGGAUGAGCUCAGAUGUUGGGCUGAAGAUAGGGAUGGCAUUCAUGGAUAUUAAAAAUUUGAUGCUAGCAAAAGCAGGUUUUAAAGGUAGCAGAAUUCUUCGUCUCCAGGUUAGUCUGGAUGUCAGGAAGCCAAUUCCUAGGUGGACUUCUAUUAGAUUGGGCGAAAAAAUUGUCACAGUUCAGUUCAAAUAUGAAAAGCUUGUUAGUCUUUGUUUCUACUGUGGUAUUUUGGGACACAUGGAUAAGAAUUGCCCAAUCAGAAAGGAGGCCAUCGCAAAGAAAGAUCUUAAAGAUGGGCAGUACGGGGAGUGGCUAAAAGCUACGGAAGGGGUGAAUAUAUCAGAAUCUCCUCCCCCUUCAACUACAAGUGAGCCAAUAACCAACAAGUCCAAUGAAAGGAAUAUAAAGGUCAAAUCCAGAUGA